GUUGCCAACAAAAUAAAAAGGCAAUAACAACAACAAAACAAUCCGCCAAAGACGAAAUCACAGUUUCUCUCUUUGUAAAAGGAACUCACCACCUCACUCUUUGUUUCAGUGCUUCUUAAGCUAUGGCAGAUCAUACCCAGAAACCAGAAAUCUUUGAGCUCAACAAUGGCACCAUGGUCGUCAAAAUUACCAAUUUGGGUUGCACCAUUACUUCUUUGUCUGUACCGGAUAAAAAUGGGAAUUUAGCUGAUGUUGUUCUUGGAUUCGACUCUGUUGAGCCAUAUCUGAAAGGUGUUGCCCCUUAUUUUGGAGCCAUUGUGGGGCGAGUAGCAAAUAGAAUCAAAGAUGGGAAGUUUAGUUUGAAUGGGGUUGAAUACACUUUGCCCAUUAACAGGCCUCCAAACAGUCUUCAUGGUGGGCUGAAGGGGUUUGAUAAGAUGAUAUGGGAGGUAACAGAACAUAAGAAGGGCGAAAAUCCAUCAAUUACCUUCAAGUACGAGAGUCAUGAUGGAGAGGAAGGUUAUCCUGGGGAUCUUUCUGUAACUGCAACAUACGCACUUACUUCAAGCACAACAAUGAGGCUUGACAUGGAAGCGGUGCCAAAGGACAAAGCCACUCCAGUCAGCUUAGCCCAGCAUACUUACUGGAACUUAGCUGGCCACAACUCAGGAAGUAUACUUGACCAUUCAAUUCAAAUAUGGGGAUCUCAUAUUACACCUGUUGAUGAGAAUAUUGUACCUACUGGUGAAAUAAUGCCAGUUAAAGGCACCCCUUUUGAUUUCACCUCUGAGAAGAAGAUUGGUGCUUCAAUCGAUGAAGUAGGUUUAGGGUAUGAUCACAACUACGUGCUCGACUGCGGGGAAGAGAAAAAUGGUUUAAAACAUGCUGGGAAAGUAAAAGAUCCAUCAAGCUUGAGGGUCCUUAACUUGUGGACCAAUGCUCCUGGGAUGCAGUUUUACACUGCAAACUAUGUGAAUGGAGUUCAUGGUAAAGGAGGUGCUGUUUAUGGAAAGCAUUCUGGGCUGUGUUUGGAGACGCAGGGAUUUCCUAAUGCCAUAAACCAACCAAACUUCCCGUCAGUAGUCAUUCAACCUGGUGAGACAUACAGGAAUUCUAUGUUGUUCGAGUUUUCGGUUGAGUGAGAUGGUAGUUUUUUUAGCAGUAGCAGUGAGAAUGAGAGGGUUAAAUUCUGGCUUUCCAGAAUUACAAAUGAGUAUUUAUGAAAUUAUGAUGGUGAUCUAAUAAUUCCUCUAAUAAUAAUAAAUUAUGUGACUUGUAUAUGAUGUUGGGAGGCCAUUUUCAUCAAUGUAGUUUUUACCCAUAUUGG